AAAGUAAUAAAAUGAGUACAUAUUAAGGUUGUAUUAUCAUGUAAUAAAAGUCUUUGUUUACUUUAUAAAUACACACCUUCCAUUGCAGUUCCCUUCCAUUUUCUGCAUCUUCUUGUGCAGAAACUUGUGGGGAAGUCAAGAAAAUUCAAAUAUCCAAAAACCUUAAUUUCUGUCCUAGUUUCCUUUCCAGGUUUGUGAAGCGAAGCUAAAAAUAUGUUAAAAAUCAGUUUUCUUUGGUUCACCUGUACUGUCACCAAUCAAUUCCUUCCUUUGACAUCGAAAAUGGCAUUGCAGAGUGAUCAAUCAAGGAAAAUCAGUAGGGGAAAGAUCGAGAUCAAGCGGAUCGAGAACACCACAAAUCGUCAGGUCACCUUCUGUAAGCGCCGCAAUGGCUUGCUCAAGAAGGCCUAUGAAUUAUCUGUACUCUGUGAUGCUGAGGUUGCUUUGGUUGUCUUCUCCGCCCGUGGUCGUCUCUAUGAAUAUGCCAACAACAGUGUCAAAGAAACAAUUGAAAGGUACAAGAAAGCCUGCUCAGAUUCCUCAAACAAUGGUUCAAUAUCUGAAGCUAAUGCUCAGUUCUAUCAGCAAGAAGCAUCAAAACUGCGUCAACAAAUUAGUAAUAUGCAGAACCAGAACAGGAACAUGCUUGGUGAAUCUCUAGGGGCACUGUCCCUCAGAGAACUCAAGAACCUCGAGACUAAGGUUGAAAGAGGCAUUAGCAGAAUCCGAUCAAAAAAGAAUGAACUGCUAUUUGCUGAAAUUGAGUACAUGCAGAAGAGGCAGGAGGUCGACUUACAUCAUAACAAUCAGUACCUUCGAGCUAAGAUAGCUGAAACUGAGAGAGCCCAGCAGCACAUGAGUCUGAUGCCUGGGAAUUCCGACUACGAGCUUGUUCAACCUCAGCCAUUCGAUGCUAGAAACUACCUUCAAGUCAAUGGGCUGCAACCAAAUGAUGAUUACCCUACCCAAGAUCAACCACCUCUUCAAUUAGUUUUGGGACCUAACCAUACAAUGCACACGUCUCCUCGAGAAUUUUUAUUCAAUGCUGAGGCCUAACUAUCCAUGAUAUAAUGAAGUGCUUCUACAAUUAAGAUAAUCAAGUUUGGUACUUAAGGAAGACUGAUCAGCAAAGAUCGACCGGAGGAAGUAGAUUAUCUUGCUUCAUAAAUGAUCAUAGACUCGUUAAUAUGUCUUAUUUUGUGUGUUUGUUCUAUGCAAUGUUGUGUGAAAACCUAGUGGAGUACUGGUAUUAUAUUCUUUGUCUAUCUAUAUGUAUGGAUUAACCAUGGUCACUUGGCCUAAGAAAAAGGGUUGUGUUCAGUUAAUGCAUUCUAUAGUUUCUUGUUGGAAAUAAAUCAAGAAUUUACUCUCAAAA